AUGGCUCUGGCUGUGGUGCCCGGGACCUGCCUGCUCACCGUUCGCGUCCUGCAGGCCCAUGGCCUGCUCUCCAGGGACCCAGUGACCCCCUCUGACUGCUAUGUGACUCUGUGGCUGCCCACGGCAUCCAGCCACAGGCUCCGGACACACACAGUCAGGAACUGCAGAAACCCCGUUUGGAAUCAGAGCUUUCACUUUUGGAUCCACAGCCAGCUCAAGAACGUGGUGGAACUGACAGUCUUUGACGAGGACCUGCUGACCAAAGAUGACCCCAUGUUGUCAGUGCUGUUUGAUGUGGGGACUCUGCGGCCUGGGGAGUUCCGGCGCCAGAGCUUCUCGCUGAGCCCUCAGAGUGAGCAGUGGCUGGAAGUUGAGUUUCGGCUGCAGAGUCGGACAGACUGUGCGGAGCAGCUUGUCAGCAAUGGCAUCCUGGUGGCCCGGCAGCUCUCCUGCUUGUACGUGCGACUGGAGGAGGCAGGAGACCAGAAGGAGUCAGAGGGCAAAGUUCAGCUUGUGGUUCCCGGGUCCUGUGAGGGUCCACAGGAGGCCUCCGUGGGCGCCGGCUCCCUCCGCUUCCACUUCCCGACCUUCUGGGAGCAAGAGCUGAGUAUCCAUCUGCAGGAUGCCCCCCAAGAGCAACUGAAGGUGCCACUGAGGGCCCUGCUGCCAGGCCAGCCAGUGAGACUCGUCUUCCCUAUGUCCCAGGAGUCCCUGAUGAAGGUGGAGCUGAGAAAAGAAGAAGGACCCGGGGAGGUGGCCGUACGGCUGGGCUGCAGUCCCUGCACCGAGGAGCAGGCCUUCCUGACCAGGAGGAAGCAGGUGGUGGCCAAGGCCCUGCAACAGGCCCUGCAGCUGGAGGGCGACCUGCAGGAGGACGAGGUCCCAGUGGUAGCCAUUAUGGCCACCGGUGGGGGAAUCCGGGCAAUGACCUCCCUAUAUGGGCAGCUGGCCGGCCUGAGGGAGCUGGGCCUCUUGGAUUGCAUCUCUUACAUCACGGGGGCCUCGGGCUCCACCUGGACCUUGGCCAACCUCUAUGAGGAUCCAGAGUGGUCUCAGAAGGACCUGGCGGGGCCCACUGAGUUGCUGAAGACCCAGGUGACCAAGAGCAAGCUGGGUGUGCUGGCCCCCAGCCAACUGCAGCGGUACUGGCAGGAGCUGGCUGAGCGUGCCCGUCUGGGCUACCCAGCCUGCUUCACCAACCUGUGGGCACUCGUCAAUGAGGCGCUGCUGCAUGAUGAGCCAUAUGACCACAAACUCUCAGAUCAGCGGGAGGCCCUGAGUCAUGGCCAGAACCCUCUGCCCAUCUAUUGUGCCCUCAACACCAAGGAGCAACAUCUGUCCACCUUUGAAUUUGGGGAGUGGUGUGAGUUUUCCCCCUAUGAGGUCGGCUUCCCCAAGUACGGGGCCUUCAUCCCCUCUGAGCUCUUCGGCUCCAAGUUCUUCAUGGGGCGGCUGAUGAAGCGCCUCCCCGAGUCCCGGAUCUGCUUCCUGGAAGGUCUCUGGACCAACCUGUAUGCAGCCAACCUCCAGGACAGCUUAUACUGGUCCUCAGAUCCCAGCCAGUUCUGGGACCGCUGGGCUCAGAAUCAGGCCACCUUGGACAAGGAGCAGGUCCCCGUUCUGAAGACAGAAGAACCACCCAGCAUGACUGGAAGGAUGGCGGAGUUUUUCACUGACCUCCUGACUUGGCGCCCACUUGCCCAGGCCACCCACAAUUUCCUGCACGGCCUCCAUUUCCACAAAGACUAUUUCCAGCACCCUCAAUUCUCCACCUGGAAAGCCACCAAACUGGACGGGCUCCCUAACCAGCUGACACCCGCGGAGCCUCACCUUUGCCUGCUGGAUGUCGGCUACUUCAUCAACACCAGCUGCCCGCCCCUCCUGCAGCCCACGCGGGACGUAGACCUCAUCCUCUCCCUGGACUACAACCUCCAGGGAGCCUUUCAGCAGCUGCAGCUUGUGGGCCGGUUCUGCCAGGAGCAGGGGAUCCCCUUCCCGCCCAUCUCGCCAAGCCCGGAGGAGGAGCACCAGCCUCGGGAGUGCCACAAGUUCUCGGACCCCUGCCACCCCGAGGCCCCCAUCAUUCUGCACUUCCCGCUGGUCAAUGACUCCUUCCGGGAGCACUCGGCCCCUGGGGUCCCGAGGACGCCCGAGGAGAAGGAGGCGGGGCAGGUGAACCUGUCUCCAUCCGACUCCCCCUACCACUACACGAAGGUGACCUACAGCCAGGAGGACGUGGACAAGCUGCUGGGCCUGACGCGCUACAACAUCUGCAACAGCCGGGAGCUGCUCCUGGCGGCCCUCCGCGAAGCCGUGCAGCGGAGAAGACAGCGCAAGCCGCAUGGACCCGAGUGA